UCUGGUGGCGAGGGGCUGGCCGAGGGGCGGCCGGGGGGAGGGCAGAGCCGAGCCGAGCCGUGCCGAGCCGCCCAGAGCAGCGGAGCCGCGACGGGACGCCACAUGCGGUCCUGAGCCGCGCCGGACCGGGCUGACCGAGCCGAGCGGAGCCGCCCCAGCCCAGCAUGGCACCCUGGCUCUGGCCGUGCCUUCUGGCCGCGCAGGCCCUGGCCGCCAACUUCCCCCCCCGGUACAGCCUCUACACCGGCGGGGCCGCCCCGCUCGCCCCCGGCCCGGCCGCGGCCCACAGCGGUGCCCGGGCCGCCAGCCGGCACAGGAACUGGUGUGCCUACGUGGUGACACGCAGCGUGAGCUGUGUGGUGGAGGAUGGCGUCGAGAGCUUCAUCAAGCCGGACUAUCAGCCCUGCCCCUGGGGGCAGCUCCAGUGCCCCCGAGUCCUGGCGUACCGCAGCUUCCUCCGGCCCCGCUACAAGGUGUCCCAGCGCACGGUGUCGGAGCUGGCCUGGCGCUGCUGCCAGGGCUACUCGGGGCCGGACUGCAGCGAGGGCCCUGCUCCGGCGUCCCCCCAGCCCACCGGCCGCCCCCCGCCCCGGCCCGGCCGCCCCACGCUCUCUGGCUUCGGCAACCCCCUCAGCGGCCUGGGGGGCGAAGGCGGCGGAGACACCGAGAAGGUGCGACGGCUGGAGGAGCAGGUGCGGCGGCUGAGCGAGCAGCUGGAGGAGCUGCGGGCCGGGCAGGAGCCGCCGCGGGCGGCCGUGGAGGGGCAGCCCGGGGGCCAGCAGCCGGCUGACGCGGCCGCCCCCGCCGAAGUGCGGGAGGCGCUGAGCCACCUUCAGCGGCGCCUGGAGGAGCUGGAGACCCGCCUGCACCGCACCGAGGGCGGCCGGGACGGCCCGGGGGCUCCGGGGGGCCCGGGGACGGCGGCGCUGUACGAGCUGGAGCAGCGGCUGCAGGAGCUGUGCGCUGCCUGCACCACCGGCACCGAGGGGCUGCGGCGGCAGGCGGCCGAGGACCGGGAGCGGAUGCGGGCGCUGGAGAAGCUGGUGGAGUCGGUGGACCAGCGCAACAAGGAUGCGGUGGAGUCGGUGCAGAGGCACAUCAGCAGCCUGAGCAGCCGCCUGGCCCCCGCCCCUGCGGCUCCUCCGUCCCCGGACGUGCUCCGUCGCCUGGCCGAGCUAGAGCGGCGGCUGCAGGGGCUGCCGGUGCCGGCAGCGGGGCCGGGGCAGGGACCGGUGCUGGCGCGGCGGCUGGCAGAGCUGGAGGGGCGGCUGAACGCUUCCCGCGCCGGCCCGUGGCCCUCCGAGCCCGAGGGGCGGCCGGGUGGGCUGCCGGGGCGCCUGGCCAACCUCAGCCGGGCGGUGGAGGGGCUGGCGGCGAGCGGGGCGCAGCGCGGCGCCCGCCUGGACCAGCUCGAGGGGCUGCUGGCCCGCUGCGGCCACCCGUGCCCGUGGCAGGACGGGGCGCUCGGCCCCCACCUCCGGCAGCCCGAGGACACCGAGGGUCUCUGGGAGGACGGGCUGGCCGGGACCCUGGGAGGGCUGCUGGGGGCGCGGGGGGAGGCGCUGGCCGAGGAGCUGGAGCUGCUCCGCAACCGGACAGGGCGGCUGGAGGCGGCUCUGGAGGACCUGAGCGGUGACCCCUGCGCCCGGCCCUGCGCCUCGCCGCCACCCCCGGAGCCGGAGCGGCUCCCGCCCGGCCCCGCGGAGCCCGAGGAGCCGGAGGCACCGCUGGAGGGCUUCGGCGUCUUCGGGGGCCCGUCCCCCUCGGAGCUGCGGGUGCUGCGCGGGCAGCUGGCGGCGGCGCUGGCGGCCCUGAGCGGGCUCAACGCCACGGUGGAGGGGCUGCAGGACGCGCUGGACGAGCAGGACGCCCGGCAGCGCCAGCUGAGCGCCGCCACCGACCGCGUGGUGGCCGAGCUGGACCAGGCGGCGGCGGCGUCGGCGGCGCGACAGGCGGAGAGCGAGGAGCGGCUGGAGGCGCUGGCGCGGGAGCUGGCGCGGGCCGGGGGCUGCCCCGCGGGGCUGGAGCCACGCGUGGCCAAGCUGGAGGGGGUCUGCGAGCAGCUGGAGGCGGUGGCCGGGGGGCUGCGGGGCGUCCGCGAGGGGCUGGGCCGGCACGUUGCGGGGCUCUGGGGCGCCGUGCGGGAGCUGAACGCCACGGCCCGCGGCCAGGCCGCCCUGCUGGACAAGGCGCUGGAGCUGCCGCCCCGGCUCGGCGCCCUCAACGCCAGCCUGGGGCACCUGCGCGGGGAGCUGCAGCGCCUGGCACGGCUGGAGCGACCCGGCCCCCCUGGCCCCCCUGGACCUGCUGGCCCCAUGGGUGAGACGGGCCCUCCUGGCCCCUCUGGGCCCCCUGGCAAGGAUGGAGAGCAGGGUCCCAUGGGCCCCCCCGGGCUGCCCGGAGAGAGAGGCGCCGUCGGGGAGCCGGGCUCGGUGCCCCGCGUCGCCUUCUCGGCUGCCCUGAGCACGCAGCGCACGGAGCCGGGCACCGUCCCCUUCGACCAGGUGCUGCUCAACGACGGCGGCGCCUACGACCCCGAGACAGGCACGUUCACGGUGCCGGUGCCCGGGCGGUACCUGGUGAGCGCGGUGCUCACGGGGCACCGGGGCGAGGCGCUGGAGGCCGUCCUGUCCCGCUCCGGCCACGGCAUCGCCCGCCUCGACUCGGCCGGCUUCCAGCCCGAGGGGCUGGAGAAGGGGCCCGUGGCCGCGCAGGGCCCCAGCCCCGGCGCCCUGGGCGUCUUCAGCCUCCUGCUGCCGCUGGCGGCCGGCGAGACGCUCUGCGUGGACCUGGUGUCGGGGCGCCUGGCGCACGCCCCCGACGAGCCGCUCACCGUGUUCAGCGCCGCGCUGCUCUACGACUCCGAGGAGCCCUAGAGCCGCGGGGGCACCGCCGGGCCGGGGGGUCCCCACGCCCCGCCGGGACCCCCACCCCGUUAUUUAUCAGCACCCCCCGCCCUCGCCGUCCCAGCGUCGCACACUCCGGCCCCGCACCGUCCGCCCCGGCUGCCCCCACGCCCCCCACG